AUGACGCUUGGAAGACCCCGUGCCCCCCGCCACAGAACUACAGGAUGUAACCAAGCAUAUCCAGCAGUUCCUGAAUACACGCGAGAUCGAGAUCACGGAGUCCGAUGCCGUGGAUAUUACAACGCAGACCACAUCAGGUCGCUGGUCGGCUGUUGGGGUCACCUAGGCCUGUUGUCACCGCGCCGCAUUGGCUCAUCAGUCAAUUGUCUGCACGAGAUCUUUUUCGAUGCUGCGAUCCAAAACGCUAAACAAUUAGAUGCCUUCUUCGCGGGGCACCAAGCCCCCAUGGGUCCCUUGCACGGACUUCCCAUCAGCAUAAAGGACUGA